UUCAACUCACACUUGAAUCGCUGUAACAUUUUAUGCUUUUUCUCCGGUGAAAGUACCUUUAAUACUUUUCUAUGUACAUAUUGUUUCUUGCAGGGUUUUACUAUCCUUUAUUGCUUCGUUAUAAAAGCGGAGAGCAGCUUACGAGCGCCCCCUAGCAACAGCAGCAGCAGCAGCAGCAGUGGGACGCUAAAGAAAAAACUCAGUACAAGUAAAACCAGUUUGGAUGAAAACUAUUGCACCGGAGCUAUAAAUAGUCCGCUUAGUUUUUACUCAAGUCACGAAAACGAGAAGGAAAACGAAAGCGGCGCACCCGUAACAACGUUGCUCAUUCCGCCACCACCACCAACGCAACAGCUAGAAAUUUCCAGUGGCGUGCAGCUGCCACUCACAAUCAUACCCACCGCGCAACAGCGUUGCCCAUUGCUGCCCAUCUCGGCGUCGGCAGCAGGCGGCAAUGGCGUUAACACAUUCCUAAACGCAGCAAGUCUGGAUCGCAAACAUCCGCUGUCGCAUGUCACUUGCCUGCAAGAUACGACCGCCGCAGCGAUGACCUCACCCGCAACGAGAUGCUGCAACAUCUUAGGUGGUGGUGGUGGUGGUGGUGGUGGUGGUGGUGGUGGUGGCGGCGCCGGCAGUGCUGUCAAUACGGCUACCACAUUGACUUCGUCGGGUGUAAUAGGCAGCGGUGGUGUGGUUGUAACUACUGGCGGCAUGGGCUACUAUGAUGCCUAUGGUGCGGGCAUGGCACUUGGCGGCAUGACAGGCAGUUUGAAUAGACGACAGCUUCAUGGCUCAGCAGUAGCGACGGAAUUCGUCGGAUUGGAGACAUUGGAUAUAUUGCAGGGUGUGGCGCCACCAGACACCAUCAUUGGCAUUUGCAGCACAGCCGUGCCGACGGGAAUGUCAUAUCAUCAGCUACAGCAUCAUACAUUCCCGCGACAUCACACACCAGCACCACUGCAGCAACACCAGCAGCUACCUGUAUCGGCUCAGCAACAUGUUGCGCAACACCACGGUGCCUAUAUGGGCACUGCCAUGCUGCCAACAGCGAUUGUGUCGAUAAGUAGCGGCUUGCCGUUGCAGACUACAAUGAAUUAUGCAAAAAGUAGCAGUGAAUUAACAGCAUCACCUACGCCACCGCCACCACCAAUUCAGCCACAACCAUCACAGGUGCCACCGACCACACUCACCAGCAUCAUUAGCACCACAACGGCCACAACGCAAACACCAAAGGCGCAAAAGCGUGUCACCAUUAUGGAGCCCACAACACACACCUUCGAUCCACUGCUGCCCACAAUGGUUGCCGUUUCCGGUGGAUCAGCCGCAACAGCACAUCAUCGGCUCGCGACGACGAUGAUGGCGACGCCACCGACGUCUAUUAUAACAAAUUCCAGCAAUACUGUGGCGACAAACAACAGCAACGUCGCUACAAGUGCGGUGAAUGAUUCAACCCAGAUUAGCAGUGGAAAUUCCUCAACUGCUGACAAUUCUUCUUCACCCGAAGACGAAAAUUCUAUGACUGGUAUGUUGGAUCGCAUAACACACGAUCUGGAUUAUUUGCUCAAUCGCACAAAUGAGUUGCCGCCAGAGACGCCAUGUGAUGAUGUAGUGACGGCGGCGGCGGUGACGACUACUACCACUACUGCAGCAACAACAACAAAAACUGUGGUGACUAUUAGUCAAGAUACUGUGGAGCAAUUGUAAAUGGCGAACUAAAUAAGGCCUAUCUACGAUAUGUAUGUAAAUUGAAGUAGGAUUAACUAUCACUAAAUAUUUUGUUCCUGUGAAACAUUUUUAGUAUCUACUGUACAGUAAAAAUAAGAUAGAGUUACAUGGUAAUGGUUGUCUGUGUAAAUAAUUCAAUUUGCAGUUGCAUAAUCCUUCCGAUCUUGCAUAGACAUGAAUAAAGUUCAGCUCAAAGCACAGAGCUAUCGAAUUUAUUGUUAAUAAAGAAUAUAUGUAGUUAAAAAAUUAAGUUAAUCUAGUCAGUUUAUUAAAAUAAAUAAACACUUUGAAAUUGGUAGAGAAAUCUUAAUUUGACAAGACCGGACCUUGUAAAUGACUUUUCAUUUCGAUAUUUUCCGUAUACAGUAGGGUGGUCCAAAAAUGCAUGUGGAAAAAGUAAAGUCGGA